CUGACUGACUGACUGACUGACUUGUCGACUGGCACUUAACAGGAAAACCAGGCCUUGUUUAUCAACUGGAAAAGGAAUUCUACAUAACACCGAAGAGAGAAACUUGUCAGAGUGGAACUUUCUUUCCCCUCCCCUCUCUCGCUCAUUCACUCUCUAGUCUCUCUCGCAGUGGCUGGAGCUGGGGGCUGUGUGAGUUUGUACAGUAGUCCGGAAAGAGAGUGAGAGGGAGAGAGGAAAAGAGAGAGCAGGGGAGUGGACAGAGGCCAGGGGAGACAUGCUACGCUACGGCUCACCAGGAUCGGUCACCACCACCGAGGACAGUUCAGAGCAGCCCAGUGAGGUAAGGAGCCCCAGGGGGCCACUCAACAACACAUCUCUCGUUCGCCUGUCACAUGGCGUGUUGGUUUGUGUAAGUCAGUGUGCUUGUAGACUAUCUUGGUGUUUGUUCGCUUUUGUCUCCGCUCCCCCCACUCCCCAUUCACCUUUCUCUCUCUCAAUCUUUUUUCCUCACGUCUCGUCUGUCUGCGCAAGGCUAGUUUUCGUAGCAUGUCUACAUCGCAACUAAUCAUUCUCACUUUUUGAGUGUUGCCUGUAUGUUGGAAUUUUGCAUGUGGCUCAGGCAUAUGUUUAUCUGUUUGAGCUUGUAAUAAGAGCCGAGUAUCUGGGAGGCAGGGCUGUCAUGUUUAUUUGAUCAGCCCAGAGCGCCUAGCAGACCGCGGCAUGAAACUGCCAUUAAAAGCCAUUCUCACAGCUAAUUCUCACAACAUAAAAGCCAACAUGGAGUUGGAUUAAUCCUUAUGAUGAUUACAGCGUCAUGUUUCACUCUCAACCAAGAUAACCAUUUUAAGAAAGUGAACCUGCCUAAACAUUGUUCCCAUUGACUUACAGUACGUUAAUCAGCUCCUAGGGCACCUUAGUUCUAAAGGAAUGUGUCACAGUCUAUAAUUAUAAAUACGGAUGGUGGCCUGUUGUAUUUGUUCCCCAUCAGAAACAUUCCACUGCUUAUUGUAACCCAACAAUCAGGCUUACUGCCACACAAAUGUUGUGUCUCAAAUGCUAGAUCACAUUAUAUAUGAACCAAUCCAUUCUUAUGUAAUAAAGAGUGACACUGGGGAAAACAACACAUUUUAGUUUUCAUCCAACUAUGACAUUGAUUACUGGUGCAUGAGCUUGAACUGAGUGACAUUGACAUUUUCUUUUUCUGUCUGUGUGUGUUUCUGUCUGUUUUUGAUUCCCCCAGAGGAAGAUCCGGCGACUCAGGCUAACUCUUCAUACAGGAGACAAUGGACAGAAUGAGACCAAAAAAACAACCUCAGACACAGUGAGUCUCAAAAAGCACAACCAGUCACCCUCACACACCCAGUCAACCUCACACGUCUUCAUCUUCACCACCCUAUGGGACCUGGAUCUUAUCUUUUCCCUCUCUCACCUCCCUUAAUCCUCGCUUCCUCAACCUGUAGUCGGUGUGCUCUGCAUCUUUCCCUUUCUUAUUCACAGCCCUCUCUAUCCCUCAAAUACACUCAAACACUCAACACUGUAACCAAUGUAAGUCAGGUGUGAAUGUUUAUGAAGUAGGAACCAGCUUUGAUCCAGUUUUAGAAACAUUCCAUGGACUGUCUACACAAUACAGAGACAGAGAAAGGUGGAACCACAGAGAUUUACUGCUGCUAUGUUAUCUGGGCUGUUGGUUAUGCAAUUAAUUGUAUCCAUACAGGGGUGUGUACACUGCACACACACAUACACAGCUGUGUCUGAUUUUCACAGUACUGUGCACGAAGUUAGAAGGUGCCUGUCCCUUUUCAUCAACAGUACAACUCUCUUCAGCACAAGCCUAGCUGACAACAGGAUUACACAGAGUCGCAUGCUGUUGUCUGUUUUCAGAUGCCAAAUAUCAUAUAUAAUGUACACGACACAUGAUGACAUCUUACUGUAACAUUUUAUUGGUCGUCUUAUACAAAUAUUUAACCGAUAAACAAUCACUAAACAAUCACUAAACUCUUUUUAAUUACAAGGUACCUACUUGGUACACAUGGGUAUCCUACAUCUUAAUAAAGGCAGGAAUGUUGUUUGCCAGAGGUGGUUCACCGUUUUGCUCUGUUUGUGUUAGGAAGCUGUGGUCUGGCAAAGUGUCAUCAGCUAGUUUGUAAUGGAAGUGUUUGACAGCACUCUGUUUGCUGCUUGGAAUCACGUUGAGGUUGGGGGAAGUAUGGUUUUGGUCGCUCCUCCAUAGAGACCGAGAUGGUGACAGAAAGCAGAGAGAUAGUGUCACGCCCUGGCUCUAGGGACUCUUUUAUGUUGAGCCAGGGUGUGUAGAGUCUAUGUUUUGUGCUCUUUGUUUUCCAUUCUAGGUCUUGUAUUUCUAUGUUGGCCAGAGUGGUUCCCAAUCAGAGGCAACGAGUGUCAGCUGUUGCUGGUUGUCUCUGAUUGGGAACCAUAUUUAAACAGUCUGUUUUCCCUCAGUGUUUGUGGGAUCUUGUUCCGUGUUACUAGUAGGUUUUGUUUGAGCUAAGGACGUCACGUUAUCGUUUUGUGGUUUUUGUUCGUGUUAUCCUUCAGAUUUAAUAAAUAUGUUUGCAUUCAACGCUGCGCAUUGGUCCUCUGUUCCUGACGAUCGUGACAGAAGAUCCCACCAAAACUGGACCAAGCAGCGUGUCCAGGAGCCAUCGCCAGGGGAAUCGCUAGCGGAUCUCCGUGGUAACCUCGACUGGGUCAAGCCUAGUGAAGAGCAGAGAGGGUGGACUUGGGAGCAGUGGAGGAAGAGUCUCGACUGGGUCAAGCCAUGUGAGGAGGAGAGAGGCUGGAGUUGGAAGCAGAAGAGCGAGAGUUGGGCGAGAACUAUAGAGGCCUGGCCCACGGGGAGGAGAGACCCCCAGACAUUUUUUAGGGGGGGGCUCACGCCGUGGACGACGGGGCAGCAGGAGGCCGCGAUGGAGCGGUCCAGCGGGUUUGCAGAGGAGGCCGCCAGGUUAAAGGGGCCACUGGUCACAGAGGAGAGGGAAAGUGUGGAGGCACGGCGAGAGGUACUGGGGUGUGUUACCAGUCCGGUCCGGCCCAUUCCUGAUCCCUGCAUAGGGCCAGUGGUGUGUGUCCCCAGUACGGUCCGGCCUGUUCCUGUUCCUCGCAUCGAGCCUGUGGUGCGUGUCGUCAGCCCGGCCCGGCCUGUUCCUGCUCCCCGCACCGAGCCUAUGGUGCGCGUCGCCAGCCCGGCCCGGCCUGUUCCUGCUCCCCGCACCAAGCCUAUGGUGCGCGUCGCCAGCCCGGCCCGGCCUGUUCCUGCUCCCCGCACCAAGCCUAUGGUGCGCGUCGCCAGCCCGGUCCGGCCUGUUCCUGCUCCCCGCACCAAGCCUAUGGUGCGCGUCGCCAGCCCGGCCCGGCCUGUUCCUGCUCCCCGCACCGAGCCUAUGGUGCGCGUCGCCAGCCCGGUCCGGCCUGUUCCUGCUCCCCGCACCAAGCCGAUGGUGCGCGUCGCCAGUCCGGCCCGGUCUGUUCCUGCUCCCCGCACCAAGCCUAUGGUGCGCGUCGCCAGCCCGGCCCGGCCUGUUCCUGCUCCCCGCACCGAGCCUAUGGUGCGCGUCGCCAGCCCGGUCCGGCCUGUUCCUGCUCCCCGCACCAAGCCGAUUGUGCGCGUCGCCAGUCCGGCCCGGUCUGUUCCUGCUCCCCGCACCAAGUCAGUGGUGCGCGUCGCCAGCCCGGCCCGGUACAUUCCUGCUCUCCGCACCAAGUCAGUGGUGCGCUUCGUCAGCCCGGCUCGGCCUGUUCCUGCUCCCCACACCAAGCCAGUGGUGUGCGUCGCCAGUCCGACACUGCCCGUGCCUGUUCCACCGGUGCCUGGUCCGGUACCGGUCAGCUGCUCCACGUCGGAGCUAGAGCAAUCCGCUCCACCAGUGUUCAGUCCAGCUCCGGCCAGCAGGGCCAGACCGGACCAGGGGUACUGUGGGGGGUUAGAGAGGGAGUGGGGAUCAUGCCCAGAGCCGGAUCCGCCGCCAAGGCGAAGUGCCCACCCGGUCCCUCCCCUGUGGUGUUCUGUUGGCGCGGUCGGAGUCCGCGCCUUUGGGGGGGGUACUGUCACGCCCUGGCUCUAGGGACUCUUUUAUGUUGAGCCAGGGUGUGUAGAGUCUAUGUUUUGUGCUCUUUGUUUUCCAUUCUAGGUCUUGUAUUUCUAUGUUGGCCAGAGUGGUUCCCAAUCAGAGGCAACGAGUGUCAGCUGUUGCUGGUUGUCUCUGAUUGGGAACCAUAUUUAAACAGUCUGUUUUCCCUCAGUGUUUGUGGGAUCUUGUUCCGUGUUACUAGUAGGUUUUGUUUGAGCUAAGGACGUCACGUUAUCGUUUUGUGGUUUUUGUUCGUGUUAUCCUUCAGAUUUAAUAAAUAUGUUUGCAUUCAACGCUGCGCAUUGGUCCUCUGUUCCCGACGAUCGUGACAGAUAGGUCCAUGUUGUACUUUGUACAAUGUUUCUCUAACCUACCCCACCCCUUUACCAUCACAGUUCAGCUGAUAGCAGUGUGACUAAUGGUGUGGUCUGAUGGUGUUUGCCUUCAGGAGGCUGUGCAUGUUUCCAGCAUUGCUACUGAUGAAAGUCGACAGCUAGGUCAGGGUUGAACAGAGAGCAGCACAGAGGAGAACAACUCUGGGCCCUAGUUAAUUAGGGCCCAGAGUUUCUCCUGGUCUGGUUAUGUGGUCUGGAAAUAUUCAAGGCCCUGCUGAUGACACAACACAUCUGUGCCAGUCGUAUGGGGGCCGUGCCACUCUGCCACAGCCAGCUGUGCGCUCCAGUCUGCAAUGUGGCAUCAGUCUGUGCUGAAGCUAGGCCCACUUAACGAGCCACCCAGCGCUAACGAGAGCAGUGCUCUGGAGUGUCCAGGACAUAUUGCACAUGACAUUAAUAAUUAUCCCAGCCCAUUAACUUCAGAGGCCUUUACAGAUAGGCCAUGAACAGAGGAUUAGUAUGUAAGGACGCACAGUGGGAGAGGAGGAGAGGAGGAUGUUCAAAGUGACCCCAUCCCCUCUAGCUUCCCUUUAUCUAUUGAUUUAGCAGGCAUGUUGAAGGCAGCUGAAAUUGACAUAACUCUACCCUUGUUGUCAGGGUUUCAGUCAGUAAUGCCAGUUCAGUAUUCAUCAGUACAGUGGAUCACUUUGAAUAAAUAAAACAGUAAGCAGAUGAUGUCACUAUGACCUACAUCCGAUACUAAAGGUCAGCAUCAAACAUGGAGAGUGACUAUUGUGACAUCACGGUUGAACUCGCUGUCUGUAGAUGUUAUCUUCAGAGGAAUUUAAAAUAUAGGUAACUAUAGGUAACGCUCCCAUAUUGUGCACACAUUCUUGGUUUGGUAGUCAUUUGGAAGUGAAACCUGGGUAGCAGGAUACAAAAACACUGUGUGCCACAAAGAGAUGGAGAGGACACAGAAAGAAAACAGGCAUGACAAGACAGUUAAUCGAAGGAGGGAGGAAACGUCUUACAUUUAAGACUGAGAUAUUAUGCUUCAGAAAAGGACAAUGACGAAAGUGGUGAUCUACCAUGAAAUGAAAAAGGGCAUGUCCUGUAACCCGACACUCCGUGGGAGACAGGCCUAUCAGUGACUCUGACCUGGAUGUGGUGUAAUGCAGCUGCUCCAUGUGAACUGCCUGGUGCUAGACUGGACGUUUACAUGCCUGCAGUAUAAGCCCCCCACUGCCACAAUGGGCUCGAGUCAAAGGAUGGUGUUUUCAAAUUUAAGGCAAUUCAAUCAAAUGGGUUACAUGAACAAAUCUUUGAACUUCUACAGGACAUGUACUGUAUAGUAACUUCCACAUACGUGUCCUAAGGAAAGGAAAUGAAGCUCAGGGCACAAAGCAGUAUUACAGAGGUAUAUAGCACAGUGGGGUCUUUCAUUAUGCAAGCAAUUUUGAUACACAGCCAAGCUUAGGUAACAUUGUCAAUUCAAGUAGUGAAUAGUACACUCUUGGAACAAAAGGUGCUAUCUAGAACCUAAAAUGAUUAUUCGGCUGUCACCAUAGGCAUGUCCCCUGUAGCUCAGUUGGUAGAGCAUGGCACAUGCAACGCCAGGGUUGUGGGUUCGUUUCCCACGGGGGGGCCAGUAUGAAAAUGUAUGCACUCACUAACUGUAAGUCGCUCUGGAUAAGAGAGUCUGCUAAAUGACUAAAAUGUAAAAUGUUACCAUAGGAGAACCCUUUGAAGAACUAUUUUUGGUUCCAGGUAAAACCCCUUUGGAUUCCAUGUAAAACCCUUUCCACAGAGGGUUCUACAUGGAACCCAAAAGAGUUCUACCUGGAACCAAGAAGGGUUCUCCUAUGGGGACAGCCGAAGAACCCUUUUGGAACCCUUUUUUCUAAGAGUGUAGAAGCAAAUAUUGCCCAUUGCUUUGUGAUUGAGUUCUUCAGACUAGGCCUCUCUCAUCUGGUUUUCCAUGAAUACAUAACACUGUCAGUUCAGUGAGGGUCAAGUUCCUUUGGCAGGACAUUAAAACUGUUUGCACAGCCCCUUAUCUGACUGGAUAGAAGAACAAAAAAUCUGUUUCUGUUGCAGCUUCAGCUUCAAAGAAUCCAGGACAAAACUGGAAUAAAUGCUCCCUCUGCAAACAUGCUGAAACACAGAUAUUGUAAUAUUUAAUAUGUAAUAGUGGCUGACAUAUUGAGUUCUUUCAGAGGGUGUGUACAGUACUGGCCAUAAAACAUAAUGACGGCCAUUCUUCUCUCCCAUCUGUUGGAAUUCACAUUGCCUAUUUGGAGCCCCUCAUAAUUUCUCGUCAGCCUGCUCUCUCUCUCUGUGGAUUAUCUGGUGUGGAAAUGUGAAGCAACGUCCAGCUCAGGAGGCCAUGAAACAACAGUGGCGUCAUUGUUCCCCAUCUCUUAUCUCUGCUGGACGCGAAGGACUCCUUCUCUCUCUGGCUGGAUGGGCUGCAGAGUAGAGGUCUUGGCUGAAGUUCCUCUGAGCUAAUAUUUAUUUAGUAGGGAAGCUCCUCUUUUCUCUUCUUAGAAACAAUCGUUUUUUAGUUGUUGUCCGAAAUAUAUAUCAAUUACCAUCCAGUGUUGUUGAAGUCUGUCAUUAAGUGCUUAAGGAGUGUCCAGAAACUAGGCUUCUCCUAGCUCUUUCCCCACAAAGCAUUGUGGUAGUCCAAACCAUUCUUAAACAUUGUUUUUAAAUAUGGGUUAUGACUAAGAUGUGGUCUAGAAAUGACAAUAAUGACUAUUCCCAGUGAUCAAAACUACAGUACACUAUGUUCAACAAAGAUGGUAGUCUGUCAUCAACAGUUUGAUAAGAACAGGUACAUGAUCCAUGCAUUUAAACUCUACACUUAGCCCAUAUCAUUAUCUGAAAGAGGGGAAUGCAUUGUGUACAUUGAAGCAUAUAAUUUGCAAACUAAAUAUGUGGCUAAAAAAAAACAAAAAAAACAUGAAUUCCAAGCAUUCAGUAAUAAUCAGGUUACUGUUUGUGAAAUAUCUCCAGACAUUGUGAGCACACAGUUAAUUCGUUUCUGUUUGUCUUCUCAGCAAGAGGAGAAGGUUGUCAACGGAACAUGGAAGAAGAAGAACAGACUCAUCCAGAGAGAGAGGCCAGCUGGCAGUGAGUCACCUGUACAGGUAAACGACCACAACCACAACAUAAAAAGCUAUCACCUUAGAGGCUUUUGAAAGGGAAAGUUACAGAAUGUUAUGAUGAGACAGGGAAGUAACUUCCUGAAUUAGUGGUCAACCCUGCUAUCGGCAUGUGAAACACAAAUAUGCAAGCUAUGCACUGUAUACAUUUAGAACAUUUUGUUCUAUCCUUGAUAUAACCUAUCCUCAGAUAAUUCCAAGUAUUGAUUUCUGUGUAUGUUAAACAUAUGUUGUCAAUGUGGAGUAUUGGGUACAACCCUCUGCCUCUGGUUGAACAGAGGUCACAUGGACCUGUGUGCACAACCUGGUCUCAGAGCAUUUGGUAUUAUUCUGUACGCAAAUCCGGGACACUCCAUUUAGUAUGAUGUCGGCCGCGACCGGGAGACAUGGGGCGGCGCACAAUUGGCCCAGCGUCGUCCAAGGUAGGGGAGGGUUUGGCCGGCAGGGAUGGCGUUUGCAAUGCCAGGGUUGUGGGUUCGAUUCCCAUGGGGGACCGGUAUGAAAAAAAUAAUGUAUGCACUCACUAACUGUAAGUCGCUCUGGAUAAGAGCGUCUGCUAAAUGACUAAAAUGUAAAUGUAAAUAUGUUAUGUUUCGUAUGGUAUGUAUUAAUUUGGGGAUAUCCAUCACCCAUUUCAUAUGAUAUGUUACGAAUUACAAUUCGUAUUAUAUGUUACGAAUUUGCUAAAUGUACAAUAUGUUACGAAUUUUCUAAAGCUACAAUAUGUUACGAAUUUGUUAAAUCAAAUCAAAAUCAAAUCAAACUUUAUUUGUCACAUGCGCCGAAUACAACAGGUGCAGACCUUAACGUGAAAUGCUUACUUACAAGCCCUUAACCAACAAUGCAGUUCAAGAAAGAGUUAAGAAAAUAUUUACCACAGGAACUAAAGUAAAAAAUAAUAAAAAGUAACACAAUAAAAUAAUAAUAACGAGGAUAUAUACAGGGGGUACCGGUACCGAGUCAAUGUGCGGGGGUACAGGUUAGUUGAGGUAAUUUGUACAUGUAGGUAGGGUUAAAGUGACUAUACAUAGAUAAUGGACAGCGGGUAGCAGCAGUGUAAAAACAAAUGUAAAUAGUCCGGGUGGCCAUUUGAUUAAUUGUUCAGCAGUCAUAUGGCUUGGGGGUAGAAGCUGUUAAGGAGCCUUUUGGUCCUAGACUUGGCGCUCCGGUACCAUUUGCCGUGCGGUAGCAGAGAGAACAGUCUAUGACUUGGGUGACUGUAGUCUUUGACAAUUUUUUGGGCUUUCCUCUGACACCGCCUACUAUAUAGGUCCUGGAUUGUAGGAAGCUUGGCUCCAGUGAUGUACUGGGCCAUACGCGCUACCCUCUGUAGCGCCUUAUGGUCAGAUGCCGAGCAGUUGCCAUACCAGAUGGUGAUGCAACCAGUCAAGAUGCUCUCGAUGGUGCAGCUGUAAAACUUUUUGAGGAUCUGGGGACCCAUGCCAAAUCUUUUCAGUCUCCUGCGGGGGUAAAGGUGUUGUCGUGCCCUCUUCAUGACUGUCUUGGUGUGUUUGGACCAUGAUAGUUUGUUGGUGAUGUGAACACCAAGGAACUUGAAACUUUCGACCCGCUCCACUACAGCCCCAUCGAUGUUAAUGGGGGCCUGUUCGGCCCGCCUUUUCCUGUAGUCCACGAUCAGCUCCUUUGUCUUGCUCACAUUGAGGGAGAGGUUGUUGUCCUGGUACCACUCUGCCAGGACUCUGACCUCCUCCCUAUAGGCUGUCUCAUCAUUGUCGGUGAUCAGGCCUACCACUGCUGUGUCGUCAGCAAACUUAAUGAUGGUGUUGGAGUCGUGUUUGGCCACGCAGUCGUAGGUGAACAGGGAGUACAGGAGGGGACUGAGCACGCAGCCCUGAGGGGCCCCAGUGUCGAGGAUCAGCGUGGCAGACGUGUUGUUGCCUACCCUUACCACCUGGGGGCGGCCCGUCAGGAAGACCAGGAUCCAGUUGCAGAGGGAGGUGUUUAGUCCCAGGGUCCUUAGCUUAGUGUUGAGCUUUGUGGGCACUAUGGUGUUGAACGCUGAGCUGUAGUCAAUGAACAGCAUUCUCACAUAGGUGUUCAUUUUGUCCAGGUGGGAAAGGGCAGUGUGCAGUGCGGUUGAGAUUGCGUCAUCUGUGGAUCUGUUGGGGCAGUAUGCGAAUUGGAGUGGGUCUAGGGUAUCCGGGAUGAUGCUGUUGAUGUGAGCCAUGACCAGCCUUUCAAAGCACGUCAUGGCUACCGACGUGAGUGCUACGGGGCGGUAAUCAUUUAGGCAGGUUACCUUCGCUUCAUUGGGCACAGGGACUAUGGUGGUCUGCUUGAAACAUGUAGGUAUUACAGACUCGGUCAGGGAGAGGUUGAAAAUGUCAGUGAAGACACUUGCCAGUUGGUCCGCGCAUGCUUUGAGCACACGUCCUGGUAAUCCGUCUGGCCCCGCGGCUUUGUGAAUGUUGACCUGUUUAAAUGUAUGAUAUGUUACGAAUUCUAGCUAGGUGGCUAACGUUACCUAACUAGCUAGUGUUAGCUAGGCUGGGGUUAGGGUUAGGGUUCAAUUUAGGAGUUAGGUUUAAGGGUUAAGGUUAUGGGAAGGGUUAGCUGAAAGGGUUAAGGUUAUGGUUGGUGGAAGGGUUAGUUAAAAGGGCUAGGGGAAGGGUUAGCUAACAUGCUAAGUAGUUGCAAAGUAGCUAUAAAGUAGUAAGUAGUUGAAAAGUUGCUAAAAUGCUAAAGUUGUCCGCAAUGAGAUUCGAACUCGCAACCUUUUGAUUGCUCAACGUUUGCGUUAUACGCCCACCCACAACACUUUUGCUUUUGCCUUAAGUAACCAUCUGUCUUAUGUAACCAUACCAAACGUAACAUAUCAUACUAAUUUGAGUGUCCCGGAUUUAUUGUCAAAGGCAAACAGAUUCACCUUCCAUGGUUUAUACUGGAGUCUGUGGCAUAGUAGUGCAGGCCAUUGUUUUUGGCUCCUCUAUUGUUGAAAAAUGUAGGGUAGAUAACAGACUCUACUCAAGUGUGGCUGUCUGAUCAUAACAAUGGAAACAUAUUACUUCUUCACACAGUAAGAUGACAAAUAUUUGCAUUCAAUGAUAAGAGAGGAUUUAUUGUGAGACUUUGAUAAGAUACUGUAUCUGUGUCACUCAGUGGAUUCCUCUCAUACUGUAUGAUACUGUAAGAUAACAUAAAGGUGCUAGAGCCACUUCCUGAUACUGCUGAGCAACAAAGGACCUGUGUCAGUGUGGACCUGUGCUCCUUGAGAGCCCUGUUGGAGAGAAACAAUAGCAGGGAGACAGCAGGAGCUCAUGUACUGGGUUGCAGAAACAUAACACCCUCACUGCACCCUGUUUCCAUCCCUGCUUCCCAACCUCCAGAUUCAAGUGCUCAGCAGCAAUUCUCGAAAUACCUGAGCAUGCGCACAUAUGCAAACGCACAAACACACACAUAGGGGUGAACACACACACACCUACAGGCUGGUAGAAAGUGUGCCUAGAUAGAAACCUGACCGGGUUGAUCCUGUCUCCCUCAGCACCUCAGAGCCAAGGCCAAUGGGGAGCUAGAGACGUCGCUGCAGCGACAGGACAGGCCCAAGGUGUACGGUGUGUUGCAGAGGACAGACUCGGACAGACAGCAGGAAGUGAUGGCGUGCGAGUGGUCUGUCAAUCACCUGAGCGAUGAGAUGAGGUACAUCAGGGAGGUGAGUGGAGAUGGUGAAGAUAACGAUGAGGCUGAUCCAAGUUAAGGAGUGUAAACAGAGCAGUGGCCUACAGUACAGUACACCUGGACAGGCCUGCAGGGUAUCCAAGAGCUAACAUCAGGAUUCCAUAACAUGGACAACAUUAUGGAUUUGUUAAGCAAUUAAGAUGGAUUACCUCAAACGUGUGUUCAUCUCUGUGCUGCACAGGUAAGAGAUUCCCUGGAGAAUGUCAGAGAGCGGAUGUACGGCCAGUUUGGAGGAAUGCAACAGUCAAUGCAAAAACUAUCCCAAGACAUCAGAGUAAGACAAUACACCAAAGCACACAUGACUAAUAAGACAGCUAACAGCUGGAAAUCCUUUCUCUUUCAAUUUCUUGUAAACACAAAAUGGAUACAAAAUCUGAUAAUUUGGUGUGCCAUGUGUGUCUCUUCAGAUUGCCAAUUCCCAGAGGAAGACUCUGGAGAAAGAGGUGAGGGUUCGGACUGCAGCCAUGGACAGCUUCGACCAGAUGAACAGUUCCCUCAUAUCUACCAACAUCGACCUGCAGGUACAGGAUCAACGACACUGUCAAACAGGCCUGUCACUGUCUCGUCAAGGCCAUCCCACUGGGCACAGACGUCAGUUUAGAUUUACAUUUGGUUGAGUUGUCAACUAAUGUGAAUUAAAUGUGAAAUCAACCAAAAAUGUCACCCUGUCAUUGGAUUUAGGUUAAAAGAUGGGUGAAAAAAAUACGAAAUUCCCUUACUUUCAUGGCUUUUUGCAAAUCCAAUCAGUUUUCCACGUUGAUUCAAUGUCAUCACAUAGAAUUUUUGGGUUAAAAUUACAUGGAAACAACAUUGGUUGAACCAGUUUUUGCUCAGUGGGAUGUCUCAUAACCCUCCACGGAAUGUCUUAAUCUUCUCAAACAGAGAUGUGCAGCACUAUACUUCCUUCUUCUACUGAUGUGUGCAGAGUGAAGGAUAUCCUGUCUGGUUUAUUAUAUAUGUUUGUUUUAUAAAGUAGCUCUAAGCUGUUAAUCUUAGUUUCAGUGUAUGAGUCAAUCUUUGCUGCAAGCAAUAAUGUCCACGGGUUGGUUUGAGGAAUUCAAGUACUAGUUUCCUUUGCAGAAAUCUCUACUAGAGAGCUGUCACAAUCGCGUGGACUCACGGGAUGAGAUGAAGAGUCUGAGAAGCUCCUUUCAGCAGGCCGAGGAGAGGCUGAAGGAGAGGGAGAGGCAGCUGGAACUUGCCCAGGCUGAGAACUGCACACUCAAACUACAGGUAGAGUACUACUGUAAACACAGUACACCAGCACCACACAGUGGAUGGCACAGGCCUGGUAAGCGUUUGCUUUUUGUUUAUGGGGCACAGUUUACUCUGGUCAUUAGUGAUCAUGGGAUACAUCAUCCUCACCCUGAAUGAGUGCCAUGAAGUAGCAACUGUCAUCACAAUUGUUAAAAGGUUAUAAAAACAAUUCCAAUAAAUGCAAAAGUUGUACAAUGGAUGAAGAUACUUCGAACUUGAUUUUUUAAAAUCAAUCAGAUGGAUGGACAAAUAAUGAAUGAAUGGAGUUCAGGGAUUUUGGUGGGUUCAGGUAUUAAAUUUGUCAAAUUUCCCUUUUGUUUUCUUAGAAUGCAGUUAUAUAUAUAUAUAUAUAUACAUUUUCUAAUGGUAUCAGGUAUUGUGACUCAUUUAUGUAAAUACACUGGGUGUAUUUGCAUAUAUGAAAACAUUUACUUAUAUCAUGGCAUUGUUGAAUACUCGUUUCUGAUUGGCUUGAAGGGCAUUCUAAAGCGUGCAUUAUUUCCCUAUAACGCAUGGUAUAUCAGCGUGGUAGAAUUGGCUAUAGUUCAUUCUUACAUGUUCUAUGUUUGAGCUGGUUUUGAAAGCAAAAGUCGAAUUUAAAACAUUAUUGGCAUUGUUGAAUUCGAUUUUCAUAAUAGCAAGCUUGCACUGAUGGUUUGGUUAGCUAAACCAAAUAUUUGUUAUAAUUAUAUGCCAUUUAGCAGACGCUUUUAUCCAAAGUGACUUACAGUCAUGCGUGCAUACAUUUUUUUGUGUAUGGGUGGUUCCGGGGUUCGAACCCACUACCUUGGCGUUACAAGCGCCGUGCUCUACCAGCUGAGCUACAGAGGACCACUUAUCUCAUUGUUCUAUCUGUGGCUAAACUAGCAAGUCGGUUUGUUUGAUUACCAAGGCAACUACUGUAGCGAUCUAGUAAAUGGGGCGGCAGGUAGCUUAGUGGUUAAGAGCGUUGUGCCAGUAACCGAAAGGUCGCUUGUUCUAAUCCCCAAGCCUACUAGGUGAAAAAUCUGUCGAUGUGCCCUUGAGCAAGGCACUUAACCCUAAUUGCUCCUGUAAGUUGCUCUGGAUAAGAGCGUCUGCUAAAUGACUAAAAUGUAAUGUAAUGUAAAUGUGCUAGAUACUGUGGAUGUUGAACACCUUUCUACCUGCAAAUGUGUUAAAUUAUAGCCAUGGUAUACAGUCGUGGUCAAAAGUUGAGAAUGACACAAGUGUUGGUAUUCACAAAGUUCGCUGCUUCAGUGUUAUGAGAUAUUUUUGUCAGAUGUUACUAUGGUAUACUGAAGUAUAAUUACAAGCAUUCCAUAAGUGUCAAAGGCUUUUACUGACAAUUACAUUAAGUUUAUGCAAAGAGUCAAUAUUGCAGUGUUGACCCUUCUUUUUCAAGACCUCUGCAAUCCGCCCUGGCAUGCUGUCAAUUAACUUCUGGGCCACAUCCUGACUGAUGGCAGCCCAUUCUUGCAUAAUCAAUGCUUGGAGUUUGUCAGAAUUUGUGGGUUUUUGUCUGUCCACCCGCCUCUUGAGGAUCGACCACAAGUUCUCAAUGGGAUUAAGGUCUGGAGAGUUUACUGGCCAUGGACCCAAAAUGUCGAUGUUUUGUUCCCCGUGCCACUUAGUUAUCACUUUUGCCUUAUGGCAAGGUGCUCCAUCAUGCUGGAAAAGGCAUUGGUCGUCACCAAACUGUUAUUGGAUGGUUGGGAGAAGUUGCUCUCUGAGGAUGUGUUGGUACCAUUCUUUAUUCAUGGCUGUGUUCUUAGGCAAAAUUGUGAGUGAGCCCACUCCCUUGGCUGAGAAGCAACCCCACACAUGAAUGGUCUCAGGAUGCUUUACUGUUGGCAUGACACAGGACUGAUGGUAGUGCUCACCUUGUCUUCUCCGGACAAGGUGUUUUCCGGAUGCCCCAAACAAUCGAAGGGGGAUUCAUCAGAGAAAAUGACUUUACUCCAGUCCUCAGCAGUCCAAUCCCUGUACCUUUUGCAGAAUAUCAGUCUGUCCCUGAUGUUUUUACUGGAGAGAAGUGGUUUCUUUGCUGCCCUUCUUGACACCAGGCCAUCCUCCAAAAGUCUUCGCCUCACUGUGCGUGCAGAUGCACUCACACCUGCCUGCUGCCAUUCCUGAGCAAGCUCUGCACUGGUGGUGCCCCGAUCCCGCAGCUGAAUCAACUUUAGGAGACGGUCCUGGCGCUUGCUGGACUUUCUUGGGCGCCCUGACGCCUUCUUCACAACAAUUGAACCUCUCUCCUUGAAGUUCUUGAUGAUCCAAUAAAUGGUUGAUUUAGGUGCAAUCUUACUAGCAGCAAUAUCCUUGCCUGUGAAGCCCUUUUUGUGCAAAGCAAUGAUGACGGCACGUGUUUCCUUGCAGGUAACCAUGGUUAACAGAGGAAGAACAAUGAUUUCAAGCACCACCCUCCUUUUAAAGCUUCCAGUCUGUUAUUCUAACUCAAUCAGCAUGACAGAGUGAUCUCCAGCCUUGUCCUCGUCAACACUCACCUGUGUUAAGAGAGAAUUACUGACAUGAUGUCAGCUGGUCCUUUUGUGGCAGGGCUGAAUGCAGUGGACAUGUUUUUGGGGGAUUAAGUUCAUUGUCAUGGCAAAGAGGGACUCAAAACUGAGGCAGCAGACUUUGUGAAAAUUAGUAUUUGUGUCAUUCUCAAAACUUUUGACCAUGACUGUAUGUCUAGGCCUCCCUGCAGUUACCUGCGCUGUCUAGACUGCCUAAUUAAUGACUAUUGUUGUCACAUUCUGUUGCAUAAUUCAACAAGUUAGUAGGAUAGCCUCGAAUAAAAAAUCAACUCGCGUUCCUCUAGAUUACACCUAUCUAUACAUACUUUACAUUGUUUGCGAUAUCCGAAAUAUCACUAUAAUCCGAGUGUUCAUUUUCGAAAGUUUCUUUCAUUUCUGCGCAUCUACCUGUAUUAAACGAUUACUUUUUUCAAUUCCACAAAAAAUGAACACCCAUCAAAAUAAAGUUAUUUCUUUUUCUUUUGAUAUAAAGUCCAGACGAUGCGUUAAAUCACAACAAAGUUUGAAAGGCGUUGCAUGGUCAUUCUGCCGUCUGCAUUGACCAUGCAGCAUUUAGGGUGAUACGGCCUCCGCAGCAGUCAGGGCAUUCAUACUUUUUGCGCUUCGCUGAGCAGCGCAGAGCUGUUGUAAAGGAAGUGAGUUUGUGUUUAUACAGGACCUCCCGCCCUCGCCUACCGUCAACCAAUCACGUCAAUGUGGAGCUAUAUACUGUGUUUACAAACAUUGCAGCAAGAGGGCAUUCUUAUAGAAUGCCAACAAAAAAAGCCUCUAUUUAUAUGUUGCUAAUGAGUGCAUUUCACACUACUUCUGGAUUAUAAUUGGAUUUUAAGUCUUGUAUGAAUGUCCUGCUUAAUAUAAUGUUUGUGUCAUCAUCGCAAAUCAACUGCAUUAUACUUAAAAACACUUCAACCAGUAAAAUGGCUCUUUGACUAGCUUUUGCUACAGCCUAUAUCAACGAGCGUUAGCAUUCUAGCUAACAACUGCUGCAUCCAAAAUAGUUAUUUUGCAAAGAUCAAAACCAAAUAUAAUCAUAGUGACUGUUCAAGCAAGAAUUAAAACAUCAUUGUAAUUGUAUGAGAACCCCCAAAAGUUAUUUUGUUUAGAAGUAAUAAACACCUAAAUCUAGGCUAUGUUGAAUGGGCGCAGAUGAUGAUGGCUUUCUUAUCGCCGCCAAGAGUCGUGAGACGUCCGUGUGUCGUGUACUGGAAAAGGGUCUAUAAGGAGCCCUCCGCAUUGUUCCAAAAUUUGAGACGCUUAUGGCGAUACCGUACUGAGCUCAAUUUGGGCUCUGCUUGCCUUCGUGCUUUCGGAGGCUUCACAAUUGCGUCACACCAUCCAUACCGCGCUUCUGACCACAUUUUCGGAUCAAGCUUACAUUGGCUCUUAGAUGCAACGGAAAGACAAUGCACUGAGCCUAUUUCAGCCAUUACCGGGGGUGUUUGACAGGUCAUUACAAACAUUUCCGCGGUCCUAACGUUAACGGGGGAAACGACAGGCACAAGCAAGAGUAUGAAAGUGUCUCAGCAGUAAAAUGAAAGCAAUCAAUCCAGCGAGAUUUAAGUGACAAGUGGAUUUUGCAUCCCUCAAACACAGGAAAUUGAUGGCUGAAAAAGACAAAUCCUCAGGUGGGUGGGGCAUGCGCGUUGCUACAUGUAGCCCUCUACAGCUGGCGUCUCUCAGCAUUCUCUAGUCGGACUCAUUCUCUGAUGGCCUCUGCCAUUAGCAACAUGACUGUUUCAGCACCUACUUGUUGGUUUUAGGAACCUCACUAUCAAGAUCUCUCAAUCUGUGUCUCAGAUCCAAAGCUAAGCAUACUUAGUUAUUGUACAGUAUGUUGGAGGGGUCAUAGGGUACGGUACGUUGGAGAGACUUUCUUGUCCAAGAUCUACUGUAUAUCUUGUAAUGUAAAUGUUAACUUUUCUAAGCAACUUUGAGAUUAACCUCAGGUGAUGUGUCUGAGUUUAUCAUUAUAUCAGGGAUGGGCAACUGGCAGCCCGCCCCCUUUUGAAGGCCCUCGAUCAAUGCCCCCCCCCCCCCUUUUGAAGGCCCUCGAUUUAAAAAAUAAAAAAAUCAGGAACUCAAUCAGGGUCGCAAUUACUGUUGCAAGUUAGAAUAGUAGAAUACACAAGGUGCAAUUUCAAAAUGUGGUUGUGCAUCAUCAGUUCUUUUUUAAAUGUUAGUCACUGAUAGUCACUCAAUUAGCCCAUGUCAGCUAAACAUUUUUAGAUGGGAAAGUUAGUCUAGUGGCCAGCUAUCUAAAUUUAGUAAUCAUGUUCGGAUUACCGACCGGGGGGCCCCCAUUGAUUUUGUUAGUCAGUCUCACUCAAUUAUCAUAUUAAACCAUAUGCAAACAUUUCUCUUCACCCUAUGGAAAAAUGUGUAUAAUAUCAUGAAAUUAGUUGUAAAAUUGCUCAAUCUUCUCUCCGCCCCAUGGCAAAAUGUAGCAAACUUGCUUUUAAAACUGCAACAUUUUCUCUACGCCCCAUUGCAAAAUGUGUAGAAUUGCAUGAAAUUAACUCUAAAACGUAAAAAUGUUUCUCCACUGUCAAGAGGGGGGGGGCUGCUAAAAUGUUUUGCUUGCAAUGUGGUGGGAGGGGGUGUACACAAGUGGGUACGCAGACCAACGAGUAACUGCGGCCCCUUAUGAUGAGUUCAGAUUUUUUGUGGCCACACCCCCAUCAAAGUUGCCCAUCCCUGCAUUAUAUGAUUGAGAUCUCUCUGUGGCUUACUCCCUUCAAUUCAUAUUCCUCUCUACUUCAGUCUCAGAAUUCUCUGCUUGAUUUCACACACUUCACGCUCUGGUUAUUUCAUUCAACGUUCGAUGUGACUCCCCUGAUCCUUUGACUGAUUGGCCUUCUCUGACCUGCAUUGUCCGCUCUGACCGCUGAACACUCAACUUCAAUUCUAUGUGAUGAUGAAUGACAGGUCAUUGACAGACAGUUCAAGCUCAAAGAACCAGUCCUCCAGAUUUUAAGUCUUAACAUUCAUGCCGGACUCACUGUAGAAAAAUAUAGAAUCAAUAGACAUUUCUACAUUAGUUAUCUUUAGCAAGUCUUUGAAUCGUCAUGUUGUUGUAUGAAAUUGACUGAUAGAUGUGUGCUUGUGUUGUCCAGGUGGAGUCGUCUCAGGAGGCCAACAGCCAUGAAGUGCAGGAGCUGACAGCGAGGCUACAGAGACAGUAUGAGGAGAGACUUCAGGAAGAGCAGAGGAAACACAGAGAGGAGAUAGAGAAGCUACAGGUACUGCUGAGUCUCCUUCUGAUAUCACUUCGCCCAAGCCCAUGCCUGAAGAGAAAGGGCGGUGAUCGAUGAAUCAUGUGAAAACCAAGGCCAGUGAUGUUUUCACCAUCUUACAUAUUAAUGAAAUGUUUAUAUGUAAACCACAGGAGGCUGCUGAGCGGAGAACACUCAUAAUAAUGUCUGGAAUUCAGCAAAUGGAAGGGAAACCAUGUGUUUGAUACCAUUCCACUGAUUCCGCUCCAGCCAUUACAAUGAGCUCGUUCUCCCCAAUUAAGGUGCCACCAACCUCCUGUGAUGUAAACUGAAUAAAAGGUUCCAGUUUCACUCUGGUCAUACAAGUGGUAUGAGUCUCCCUCUAGUGGUACAAGUAACCCACUAUGGUAGUGUCAAAUGUAGAGGAGCCUAACUUCCAAGUGUUGAUAUGAUAAUGAGCCCAGAUGAAAUUGCAUGUUCUCUGCCUUAAAGCUUUUAAUAUACUUUGUUUACCAUUCAUGUUUUUCAACUAGGCCCAAAUUGACAAGUAUAUUAGGCGAUUAGAGGAGGCAGAGAAGAAUGCUAAGAUUGCAGAGGCCAAGAUCGCUGAAAGGGACCAGAGGAUCAGUGAGGUGGAGCGCCUGCUGGACUGUAUGGGACAGGUAAGACCCAGAAUAAUGCAUGCAAUAUUAUGCAAUAAUACAAUAAUGCAUGCAACAUUAUCUUUAUAUCUAUAGCAUUUAGGUGUAAUAUGUCAAGUCCUUUGUGCAGGAAUACUAUAAUAAUAUGUAUUUUUUGAAGGAAAAGGGCCAUCUUCAGAAGAAACUGCAGGAAUGUGAACAGCGUCUACACUUGAUGGAGGUGACAUACAAAACAGAUGCAACUGUAGCAAAGAGGUACAAAUGCCAAAACAAAAAUAACAUUUGAUAUGUUCCACCCCAUUGAAAUGAUAUACUGAAGUGAUAACACUAUAAUUCAUUAUUACAGUUCUCAAAAGUUGGUAGAGGAGGCAGGGGAGCUCCGUGAGAGAAUCAAACACCUGAAUGACAUGGUGUUCUGUCAGCAGAGGAAGGUCAAAGGCAUGAUAGAGGAGGUGAAUGACUAAGAAAUGUAUCUCUCUCUCUCUCUCUCUCUGUCAAUGGAAACAUGAGUACACUGACAUAUGAAUGUUAUACUGAUAUGCAAAGUUUGUUUCUUUUUUUCGUCUUGAAAAUGUAAAGGUUGAAUCACUACGAGCUAAAGUGGCACAGAAGGACAUGUUCAUCUCAGAGCUUCUGGACAGAAUUGCUAUUGUGGAGUGUGAGGUAAGUGUGGACUGCCACCACACUUUGUACUGUCCACUUCCUGAAUCAUUAUGAAUGUAUGGUGUGGUUUUGAAAACGUAAACUUUAUGGGUGCAUUCAUGUCCAGCGUUCUCCUACUUUUCGGAUCGUCAAUCUGUGGGUUGUGCUUUGACAUUACUGUACCUCUAAAUUCAGUGUUGCACCUUUUGUGACAUCAUCUGUCUCUGUCUGGUCCACUUGGAUUACAUUACAUCCACCUCAUUUGCAUGGAUCUGACUUUGUUCCUUCCUCUUUUCGUCUUCCUAGAAUAAUGAGUUAGAAGACAAGCUGAAGUAUUUUAUGUCUGUACAGAGUGCGCCAAGGGAAGUUGUGCAAACCAGAGAGAUAGGAGUGGGCUGUGAUCUGCUGCCCAGGUAUGAACCACUGGUUCUACUGUACAUGUGGCAUCAUUUCCUCUAGUUGGGUUUCUCUUUUAAGUUUCUCAUUCUGUUUUCUCAUUUUACUUUCACAGACCUGAAAUACAAAAGUAUGAGGUUGAAACUGAUGUCCAACCUCCACCAGCACAAUACCAACCCAGACAAACCCCAAUUCAUCCCUCUUCUACAGAAUACCUUGGACAGUCUAGGACAUUCAGAUCAGGUCCACCGCCACCCAGCAGACUGGAGUCUAGUUUACUGAGGUACACUCCUCUUGAGUACAGUAGGUAUCUAUCAACCAACUCCUCAAGAUCCUUUGGAACGCUAACCAGUCCAACACUGUCUACGUCUGGCCCUCUAAGCCCUGAUCAGUCCAGUACAGAAGAGUCUGCCUCAGUUCAAACCACAGAUACAGCCUCAAGUCCAGAGGGGGACAUUUCAGCCCCAUCCUGUUCUCGAGCAAGAUCAAGCCCAUCCAAAAUCUACACACCUUUCAUGAAACUUAUGGAGAUAACAGCAAAGAUUAACAUUGAGUAAUCACGUGAAGAAAUACUUUUUAUGAAGGCUAUUCCGUAUGCUGUAUAAGGGACUAUGUUGCAUAUAGUGUAAAUAGUCUACUGUUCUGUAAAUAAUAUUUGAAAGUAUCCUUUUGAAGAAUUAUAUUUGGUUUUGUUUACAGUGAAUGUUCUUGUAUGGUUUAUGGAAUUCUGAAUUCACUAUCCUGUAUCAAGGUUUAUAUUUAUACUCUAUCUUUUUCUGACAUUUUUAGUUUGCUCUGUAUAAAUGAGAUGCAAUAUUAUUUUAUUAUUAGUCAAAUUAUGUACAAAAUAUGCUAAAUAUAUAUACUUUGUGCCUUUAUUAACAGCUUAAUCACUGAUACUCCCACAACGGUGGUGAUAAUCGGUUGUUUUUUAUCUAUUGGAUAUUAUUUAACUAUAUCUGACAACUGUAUUUCUAGUGACUGCCAUCCCUGAGCCACUGGUAUAAGUAAUUUGUCUACACUGCCAGGACUGUGUAUAAAGUGAGGGAAAAAAGUAUUUGACCCCCUGCUGAUUUUGUACAUGUGCCACUGACAAAGAAAUGAUCAGUCUAUAAUUUUAAUGGUAGGUUUAUUUGAACAGUGAGAGACAGAAUAACAACAACAAAAAUCCAGAAAAACACAUGUCAAAAAUGUUAUAAAUUGAUUUGCAUUUUAAUGAGGGAAAUAAGUAUUUGACCCCCUCUCAAUCAGAAAGAUUUCUGGCUCCCAGGAGUCUUUUAUACAGGUAACGAGCUGAAAUUAGGAGCACACUCUUAAAGGGAGUCCUCCUAAUCUCAGUUUGUUACCUGUAUAAAAGACACCUGUCCACAGAAGCGAUCAAUCAAUCAGAUUCCAAACUCUCCACUGUGGCCAAGACCAAAGAGCUCUCCAAGGAUGUCAGGGACAAGAUUGUAGACCUACACAAGGCUGGAAUGGGCUACAAGACCAUCGCUAAGCAGCUUGGUGAGAAGGUGACAACAGUUGGUGCGAUUAUUAUCAAAUGGAAGAAACACAAAAUAACUGUCAAUCUCCCUCGGCCUGGGGCUCCAUGCAAGAUCUCACCUCGUGGAGUUGCAAUGAUCAUGAGAACGGUGAGGAAUCAGCCCAGAACUACACGGGAGGAUCUUGUCAAUGAUCUCAAGGCAGCUGGGAUCAUAGUCACCAAGAAAACAAUUGAUAACACUCUACGCCGUGAAGGACUGAAAUCCUGCAGCGCCCGCAAGGUCCCCCUGCUCAAGAAAGCACAUAUACAGGGCCGUCUGAAGUUUGCCAAUGAACAUCUGAAUGAUUCAGAGGAGAACUGGGUGAAAGUGUUGUGGUCAGAUGAGACCAAAAUGGAUCUCUUUGGCAUCAACUCAACUCGCUGUGUUUGGAGGAGGAGGAAUGCUGCCUAUGACCCCAAGAACACCAUCCCCAUCGUCAAACAUGGAGGUGGAAACAUUAUGCUUUGGGGGUGUUUUUCUGCUAAGGGGACAGGACAACUUCACCGCAUCAAAGGGACGAUGGACGGGGCCAUGUACCGUCAAAUCUUGGGUGAGAACCUCCUUCCCUCAGCCAGGGCAUUGAAAAUGGGUCGUGGAUGGGUAUUCCAAUGACCCAAAACACACGGUCAAUGCAACAAAGGAGUGGCUCAAGAAGAAGCACAUUAAGGUCCUGGAGUGGCCUAGCCAGUCUCCAGACCUUAAUCCCAUAGAAAAUCUGUGGAGGGAGCUGAAGGUUCGAGUUGCCAAACACCAGCCUCGAAACCUUAAUGACUUGGAGGAGAUCUGCAAAGAGGAGUAGAACAAAAUCCCUCCUGAGAUGUGUGCAAACCUAGUGGCCAACUACAAGAAAUGUUUGACCUCUGUGAUUGCCAACAAGGGUUUUGCCACCAAGUACUAAGUCAUGUUUUGCAGAGGGGUCAAAUACUUAUUUCCCUAAUUAAAAUGCAAAUCAAUUUAUAACAUUUUUGACAUGCGUUUUUCUGUAUUUCUUUGUUGUUAUUCUGUCUCUCACUGUUCAAAUAAACCUACCACUAAAAUUAUAGACUGAUCAUGUCUUUGUCAGUGGGCAAAAGUACAAAAUCAGCAGGGGAUCAAAUACUUUUUUCCCUCACUGUAUGAGAAGUUAUGAUAAGCAAUAGCUUCAUGAUGUGCCUUUCUUGAAUGAUACACAUCCAGUGCAUACUAAUGAAAUCAGUGUUUUGAAAAUGUGCCAUUGUGCAAUUGUGGUGUUUUUAUAAUCAUUCAUGAAAAUGGUCAAGGUCCAUUGGCUGAAAUUGUCCAUUUUGUGAAGCUUUCAGGGAGGUUAUAUGUAGCAUCUAAUGGUUUAUAUAUACGCUAGAUGACUAAAGGGGCACUGUGUUGAAGCCACCAUGACUCCAUCUUGGCACUCCACCACCGUUUAAGAAAAUGAUUUAUAUACAUAAUUGGUCGCAUCAGUGUAAUCUUUACUUCUCAACGCUAGGUGGCGCCAUCCGAUCAAUGAUCUACGUUUCAUCUCCAUUUCCAUGCCAUAUGAUAUUAAGCAGCUUUGAAAGUAUUUUACAGCAAGGUAAGCAAAUACAUAAAUGUUGGUAAAUAACAUGUAGUUGAUGCCAUACUACUAGGUCUAAAAGAAUAUUCAAACACUCAAACGGCUUGUGUGGAGGAGUAGCUUACUAUAGAUUCCUGAAACGUAACAAACUUCUAUGGUAUGAUCAUUGUCGGUACUUGUCUGUCCUGCUGAGUUUUGAUGUAGUCUUUGCCCGACAAGGUCAAGUUAGGAAGUGUAAUAUGAUUAGAUAGGGUUAAAUAGUGGAAUGGGGUGGUGUGUUUUUUUUUAUAGAGAGGGCUAACAGUUGGCAGGGAAAUUUUCCAUUUCCUUUUUCCCAAUUCUGAAUUACCGUAUCAAUAAUUUACUGUAGGUAGGCAGCGAAUGGCCUCACACACCAGUACAGUAGGUGGCGGUGUAUGCACAUAAAAGUUGGAUGCGAUCCGCCAACCAAAUCCUAAAGAAGAAGAAGAAGAAGAAGAAGAAGAAGAAGCAGACGAUCGAAGGUUACGUACUUCCGUACUACUUCCCGUUACAAUGACAGCGCGCGAGCUACGUAGCUACCAAAAUAAAAGUUAUAGCUAACAGACAGCUGUAGAUGAAAGUAUAUUUUAUUGAACAACAGAAUCCCGUUAAGUGUAACGUUAAUGGACUAACAAAGUAAUGUUUUCAUAGGGUAAUUUGAGCUAUUCGAUAAGCUUAUUUGGGCGGGUUUUAGACUAGUAGCUACUAGCAAGCUAACAAUGUCCUCAUCAUCGUGGGCAGCUCCAUCAGAACGCCAGGGGCAAGUGGGGGACCUCAAAACCAAGAGCAAAGAAGAACUUUGUGAAUUACUGUCACGCCAAGAUAAAUUAUUAUCUAACAAGUAAGUAACUUCAUAGCAUUCAUCUGACAGAAGCAAUCUCAAAUUAUUAACUAGCUGCUUCAACAACAUUACAUUCUUCUAGAAACUUCCAGCUGUUGGCUAGACAGGGGUGCCAGUUUUGGCGCGUGUGUAUGCUAUCCCCCUGAAUGUAGGCUAGCUAGCUAAUGUUACUUGAACUAUGGAAAUGCGUUUUACCCUGAACCUGACAUUCCUUUGUUUUUACGAUCACUGCCAACUACGUUUUCUUAAAGUUGAACUGAAAGCAGUAGUUAGUUAUUUGUUAGUCCUUGUUGACAGACUGAUUUUAGAUGUUGGUAUCAACAGGAGGUUUAUACAGACCCUUCCAGAUAAAGGGAAGAAGAUAUCAGACUUUGCAGAGAGAAUAUGCCUAGCUCUUGCCCAUAAUGAAGAAGAGGAGAGGAAGCAAGAUAUGCUGUCAUCUGUCAGGACAGAGCUGCAGUCUAAAUACCAGCAGGCUUUGACACAAAGACAACCCGGUAGCCAGAAUAAACCAGGAACUUCCCAACAUAGGAGACAAGCUGUGGACACAGCUCCUGGAAAUGUCCAAGAAUUGGACGCCUCACCUCUGUCACCUAAUGUUCAGGAGAGCAAAACAGUUGACACGCUGCAAGGACGCAAUGUGUCCAAAGUAUCUGCUGCUGAAACCAUGGAGAUGGCCCAGGCUGGUGGUGAUGCCGGGGCCUCUCUAGACUCUGACAGGACAAAAGAGAGCGACCUAGCAGAGGCCUUGCAGAGGGUCACUCUGUCUGACCACUCAACUGGCUUGAUUGGAUACCCUAAAGACACAUUCAACAGACCUGCUACUGGCAACCCCUUCCUUGGAAGGCAGCUACAGAAGACACCACACUACAUAGAGGUCCUGGAGAGGACUGAGAAGGACCUCGCUACGAAGAGACAGAAGUAUAAGCCUAAUCAGUAAGUCCACAUUGUAUGAAAGUAUAUAAGAAUACUGUAUAGUUCAUUGAUGCUGCGUUUAGUUAUGGAGAUGCACUAGUAUUCUCACCUACUAACUCUUCUAUUAAUUAUUCCUGUAAUGUUUGCAGGUUUGCCCACAACACAGACGGCUCCCCGUCAGGGUCUCAGUCGCCCAGCCAAUCCCCUGGAGGCUUAUUACAUUCACCGGUGCUCUCCGUUGAGGCCAGGAGGGAGAGAGACAGGAAGCACAUUGAUGAUAUCACUGCAGCCAGGCUCCCACUGCUCCGCUACAGCCCUGCCCAGCUGCUGACACUAGAGCAGUCAGCCAACCUGCUACGUGAGCAGACCAGGAAACACCAGGUGAGUGGCCCAUGGGUCAGUCUGACACAUCACACCACAGAGGAACAUUAAGAUCUGUCCAACAACACCAAAAUGCUCACUGCUCAAGGUAGCAAUUGCCCCUAAUUAUAGAUGUACGAUCAGAUUGCAUGAUGGGAUUAAAUGGGUUAUACAGUUGAAGUAGGAAGUUUACAUACACUUAGGUUGGAGUUAUUAAAACUUGUUUUUCAACCACUCCACAAAUACCUUGUUAACAAACUAUAGUUUUGGCAAGUCGGUAAGGCAUCUACUUUGUGCAUGACACUAGUAAAUUGUCCAACAAUUGUUUACAGACAGAUUAUUUCACUUAUAAUUCACUGUAUCACAAUUCCAGUGGGUCAGAAGUUUACAUACACUAAGUUGACUGUGCCUUUAAACAGCUUGGAAAAUUCCAGAAAAUGAUGUCAUGGCUUUAGAAGCUUCUGAUAGGCUAAUUGACAUCAUUUGAGUCAAUUGGAGGUGUACCUGUGGAUGUAUUUCAAGGCCUACCUUCAAACUCAGUGCCUCUUUGCUUGACAUUAUGGGACAAUCAAAAGAAAUCAGCCAAGACCUCAGAAUUGUUUUUGCAGACCUCCACAAGUCUGGUUCAUCCUUGUGAGCAACUUCCAAACGCCUGAAGGUACCAUGUUCACCUGUACAAACAAUAGGACGCAAGUAAAAACACCAUGGGACCACGCAGCUGUCAUACCGCUCAGGAAGGAGACGCGUUCUGUCUCCUAGAGAUGAACGUACAUUGGUGCGAAAAUUGCAAAUCAAUCCCAGAACAACAGCAAAGGACCUUGUGAAGAUGCUGGACGAAACAGGUACAAAGUAUCAAUAUCCACAGUAAAACAAGUCCUAUAUCGACAUAACCUCAAAGGCUGCUCAGCAAGGAAGAAGCCACUGCUCCAAAAACGCCAUAAAAAAGCCAGACUACGGUUUGCAACUGCACAUGGGGACAAAGAUCGUACUUUUUGGAGAAAUGUCCUCUGGUCUGAUGAAACAACAAAUAUAACUGUUUGGCCAUAAUGACCAUCGUUACGUUUGGAGGAAAAGGGGGAUGCUUGCAAGCCGAAGAACACCAUCCCAACCGUGAAGCACGGGGGUGGCAGCAUCAUGCUGUGGGGGUGCUUUGCUGCAGGAGGGACUGGUGCACUUCACAAAAUAGAUGGCAUCAUGAGGAAGGAAAAUUAUGUGGAUAUAUUGAAGCAACAUCUCAAGACAUCAGUCAGGAAGUUAAAGCUUGGUCGCAAAUGGGUCUUCCAAAUGGACAAUGACCCCAAGCAUACUUCCAAAGUUAUGGCAAAAUGGCUUAAGAACAACAAAGUCAAGGUAUUGGAGUGGCCAUCACAAAUCCCUGACCUCAAUCCUAUAGAACAUGUGUGGGCAGAACUGAAAAAGCGUGUGCGAGCAAGGAGGCCUACAAACCUGACUCAGUUACACCAGCUCUGUCAGGAGGAAUGGGCCAAAAUUCACCCAACUUAUCGUGGGAAGAUUGUGGAAGGCUACCCUAAACGUUUGACCCAAGUUAAACAAUUUAAAGGCAAUGCUACCAAAUACUAAUUGAGUGUAUGUAAACUUCUGACCCACUGGGAAUGUGAUGAAAUAAAUAAAAGCUGAAAUAAAUUAUUCUCUCUACUAUUAUUCUGACAUUUCACAUUCUUAAAAUAAUGUGGUGAUCCUAACUGACCUAAGACAGGCAAUUAUUACUAGGAUUAAAUGUCAGGAAUUGUGAAAAACUGAGUUUAAAUGUAUUUGGCUAAGGUGUAUGUAAACUUCCGACUUCAACUGUGUGUUUAGAGGCAACGUCUACCUACCUAUUCCAUUAUCACCACAAAAACACUGCUCAUCUGAUGAACACUCCCUAUGCUACUUCUAUUCAUGGUAUAGCAUAGCAGCCUAAUGCUUACUGCUAAGCACUUGCUAAUUUCCCAGGUUAUUCACCCUUUCAAUGUCUCUCUCAGGAGUUGCAGGCCAAGCUGGCAGCCCAGAAGCUGUCUGAUGGGCUGAAGUUCAGCACAGGGAGCUAUGUUGUGGAAGGGGGCCCGCUGGGCGCCUACAGGGAGGUUCAUGACGACGGAGCCCAGCUCUCCUCAGAGGAGGACUAAUCCAGGGGGCCGCAGUAAGGAAACUCAGGUGACCUCUGAGACAACAGUCUCUGUGCCCUGCGUCAGGGCCUAUGGAAGGAAGGGGAUUGGCAAUACAAAGACGAGAGGCCUGCCUGAGGAGCUGGAAAUGGUCAUGGGCUUCGGGUGGUUGUGAAGGCACAGUGGGUGUCCCUGUCUUGGCUGUCCAGGGAGGUGAAUUGUGUGGGUCUUGGUUCACCAUCAAUGAUUCACUGAGUUGUCACCCAAUCAGCAUCCUGUCCAGUUUAUCAGAGCUGCCACAGAACCUCAGGCCUCCCGUUGGGUGAUGUGUUAGCCUCUUGCAUGGAGCAUUAGGUAUGCUACCUCCCCAUGUUGUCAGAGAGUAAAGGAUUGCCUGUAUUGUGCCUAGGGAGGACUGGUGUCAGUUGUGUGAUGAGGCUGCUACAGUAUUGUCCGGUAUUGUUGACUCACUUGGUGGUUGCAUUUCCAAAACGGCAAAGUAAUGACUGUCUGCAUGUGAGAAAUAUAAAAAAAAUAUUUUUUGUAUGAUCUUUUUCUGCAUUGUUUCUUAUUGAAAAUAAAACUCUGUUCUUACCAUAUUUUGGUUGAUCUUAUUCUAUCUUGCUCUAGAAACGGGAACAAAUC